ACUAACUUGAACAGAUCUGUCCCAACUGUGGAUCAAAUCCUCGUACCAGAGACACUUCUCAAGAAGCGUAAGAGUCAAGAGAAGGCUAGGGAGGAACGUGCCGCUGAGAUCGAGACCAAAAAGAAGGCACAAAAAGAAAAGCGAGGCGUUAUAUUCAAGCGUGCAGAGAAAUAUGUAAAAGAAUAUCGGGAUAUGGAGCGGGAAAAGAUCAGACUAUCCCGGCUCUCGAAACAAGAUGGAACUUACUUCAUCCCUGCUGAGGAGAAACUCGUCUUUGUAGUGCGCAUAAAAGGUAUUAACAAAAUUGCUCCUAAGCCACGGAAGAUUCUCCAACUUCUACGUCUCCUCCAAAUAAACAACGGCGUAUUCGUACGAAUGACUAAAGCUACUCUCGAAAUGUUAAAAGUUGUCGAACCAUGGAUAGCCUACGGAUAUCCAAACCUUAAGACCAUUAGAGAGCUAAUAUACAAGCGCGGAUACGGAAAAGUUGACAAGCAGCGCAUUGCUCUCACUGACAAUUCUAUCAUCGAAGAGAACCUUGGGAAAUUUGGGAUUGUGUGUAUGGAAGAUUUGAUCCACGAAAUUUUCACCGUGGGUCCGAACUUCAAGAGCGCAUCCAACUUUUUGUGGCCCUUCAAGCUAUCAAAUCCUACUGGUGGCUUCAGAUCGAGAAAGUUCCGACACUUUGUGGAAGGAGGAGAUCUAGGAAACAGAGAAGAACACAUAAAUGCUUUAAUACGACAGAUGAAUUAA